AAAUGAAUGAUACAAAUCUGCGAAUUCAUAGAAGAAUUCCUGAAAAAGUUUAUGAAUUGCUUCCUGCUUAUACAUGGAGCGAAUUUAAUGAAAGAGUUUUAUCUGGUGCAUGCCUCGUUGUCGCUGAAGGAUUAGUAUUUGAUAUUCACAGCUGGAUUAAAAUUCAUCCUGGUGGUCAAAAAAUUUUACGCAGAGUGAUUGGAACAGAUAUUACCAAUGACUUCUUUUUUGAUCCAAAUGUUCAAACAGUUAUCUCCAAAAAUUUUGAUAAAGAACACGAGUUAUUAUUAUCCAACGAUUUUAAUGAUGGCCCCUUAAACUAUUCAAACAUUCAAUUUAAAGAUAAGAAACCAAACUCUCGUGCUCCAAAGUCUGUUGCAAGAACAAUUGAUUUACUUAAUAGUGUUACGUUUAAAAAUACUCGUGUCGCAAUGCAUAGACAUUCUAAAUUUGCAACUGCUAAAUUGGCAUCUAUGGUUGUUGCACGUAUUUCGGAUUAUGAUGAUGAAAAUGUUUCAAGACCAGUUGUUGAUGGAAUAUUACCAUAUUCAGUACUUAACGCAUCAAAAAUUUCACCUGAAAUAUUUAGAAGAUAUAUUCUUACAAAUAUUGAAGAUGUUACUAGAUAUGAUGCUGAAAAUCCAGUAAAGAAAUUGACUUUUCAAGUCAUUCAUCCAUAUGAAAAAUUACCUGAAAUUUUACCUGGUGAUUACAUUGAAAUCAUGAGCUAUACAAAUAAAGCUACUGUUGUCAGGCCUUAUACGCUACUUAAAGGUCCUUCUGAUAAUACCUUUUCGAUCAUUGUUAAAAUAUAUAAAGAUGGUGUUAUGUCUCAACAUUUGAUUGCAGUCAGAGGUCCAUUUGAAAUAACAGAACGAAUUGAACAAUCAAUAUCAUCCAAUAUUUCUGAUGCAGGUUUACGACGUAGACUACGUGCAAGUCUUUUAAGCACAUCUGUUCGUAAGCUUUCAUAUGCAAAAUCAAAUGCGGCAUUUAGUGGGUAUGGAAGUGUUUCUAGUGAGGAUAAUGAUCCACCUCCACCUAGAAUUUUAUUAAAUCAUGCUAGAGAAGAUAAAUGUUGGGAUUACCUUUUCCUCGUUUGCGGUGGUACAG